GACGUGUUCUCGGCCCUCAGUCAGUCUUCCGGGCACGAUGCGCUCUUCCCGAACCUGGUCAAGAUCUGUUGGCCAAACUUUCACCCUUCCUCACGCAUGCUAUUGCAGCUCUUGAGCGGCCCCUGUCUCCUGCCUCUCCUUUCCCGAUUUUCCGUCUCCAUCUUGCCCCGAGUCGCCUCUACCGGGUGGUCCUCAUUCUAUCCAGGGCUGCAUUGACGUAGUCGCUAGUCUCAGCAAACUGUUCCCUUCAACUACGUACUUCGAGCUGAAGGGCAGCCUUUCUGUCAGACCUGGGCUAUUAUCCGUCCUUUCAGAAGUGAUAUGCUCUUGGCCGCACCUCAGGACGCUUGUGUGUGAUGAGCUUCUGUUGAACGCGAUCCAUCAUGUGGUGCAUUGCCCUUCCCUACGUACUCUGGACUUCAACCUUCCCAGGAACGUGUCCCGUGGUGCUACACAGGCGAACGUCUUUACCUUUGACAGAGUGGCGCUGAACAAUGUGCGUGAUAUUCGAGUAAAGGGCGAUCCUGAAGACAUGGCCUGCUUUUUGAACUCCUUCCUUCGCAAGAUAACGCCUUUGGGAGCCACGUUCUGUACCCGUGUAGGCCGUUCAUCCGAGGAAGGACCUGUGGCCUUCUUUGAAGCACUCGCCAAUGGGAUCGCUCCAGAUUGCCUCAAGUCCCUUACUUGGAGCGGCGAGGUGGACGUCAAACAAUACUACUUCAGCGAGUGGCAGCCGCACAAAGCGAUGACUUUCUCCUCCUUUCACCGGCUCCUCGUGUUCGCAAAUCUGACACAUGUAGACCUUGACACUCGACGCGCUAUACACCUUGGCGACGCCGACCUCCAAGAAAUCGCGUGCUCUUGGCGACACCUGGAGAGCCUCUUCAUCAACAAGGAGACCGGGUGGGGACGCGGCGCAGGGUUGAGGGUAACCCUCGACGGACUCGUCACUUUCUUGGGUUUCCUCCCUCGGCUGCGGGAGUUGUGCGUGGUUCUUGACGAGGACCAGCUAGCAGGGGACGCGUCGCAACUUGACGCACGUCGGAAGACCAUGGCGGAACGCCUGCGGUCAUAUUCACCUCCCAGGGCACUUCAUACUGUGGACUUGCUUGAUACUUUUGUCAGCAAGAGGGAGGUCAAGAGGGUGGGGGAGUUAAUGUGGGGUAUCUUUCCGAGGGGAUGCAGCGUAAGCACGUGGGGUUAAGUACAUCUAGAUGUUGAAAGAUAGUCACAACCUGGGAGCAUGUCCCUUGCACGUAAUUUGGGCCCGGGGAUGCACCGAGCUGCUGUCCACCGG